AUAAGCUUAUCACUGACGCUUGAGUGCCUGACCCGAUGAGCAGACAACCGACGUUUAAAUAUCUUCAUGUACAGUAGGCUGCAUUAACAAGAUGAAACCACUUAAUAUCGCGGUCUGCCGGUCUUUGGGCUAGUACAGGUGCAAUUCCUUCCACGUUGUGUAGGCUUCUUUUUUUAUUUCAUAACCCAAAUUGCAUAGAUGACCUACUAUAGACUAACGGAAUAGUUGGGAACAUGUAAUUCCACCUUCCCUUCUUCGCCCCUCUCUUUUCCACGUCUCUCUCACGUACACACACAAUCGGUGGAGUUGAGUCGGCUAGGUUAACAUCACUCGUUGCUAGUUGAGUGUUGGCUUCCACCAUCAGGAAAUGGAGGAAUGAGUGUGUAGCGAGCGACACAGAGGGAGGGGAAACUGACAAGACGUUUACUGCAAGUCCCACACAGAACGUGAGCGAGGUCUCCCAGUUCCAGCGGCAACACUUGAAACAAAAAGAUGAGUGACGAAAAUAGACUUCAAGUUGAACUUUUUGUGAAGGCAGGCAGUGAUGGCCAGAGCAUUGGCAACUGUCCAUUCUCCCAGCGCCUCUUCAUGGUGCUGUGGCUCAAAGGAGUCACUUUCAACGUCACCACCGUGGACAUGAAGAGGAAACCAGAGAUCCUUAAGGACCUGGCCCCUGGUGCUCAGCCCCCUUUCCUGCUCUACGGGACGGAGGUGAAAACCGACACCAACAAGAUAGAAGAGUUCCUGGAGGAGAACCUGUCCCCUCCAAAAUACCCCCGCCUGGCUUCCAGGAACCCUGAGUCUAACACAGCCGGCCUAGACGUGUUCUCCAAGUUCUCAGCCUACAUCAAGAAUUCAAACCCCCAGCUCAAUGACAACCUAGAGAAAGGCUUGCUCAAGGCCCUGAAUAAGCUAGACGAAUACCUUGGCUCCCCACUUCCUGACGAGAUUGACGAGAAUAGCGCUGAUGAUGUCACUUCCUCCUCCCGUCCCUUCCUGGAUGGGCAGGUCCUCACUCUGGCCGACUGCAACUUGCUUCCCAAGCUGAACAUUGUCAAGGUGGUGUGUCUGAAGUAUCGCACUUUCUCCAUCCCCAAGUCUCUCUCCAACCUGUGGCGGUACCUGGAUGCUGCGUACGCCCACGAGGAAUUCUCCUCUACCUGCCCCAACGACACAGAGAUACACAUCGCCUACUCAGCCGUGGCUAAAGCACUUAAGUAGGAGGACAAGGGGAUCCCAUCAGUCACACACACCAGCAAAUACACACAUACACACACACCUGAUCAGAUAUCCUAGACACACCCACCUACCUACGUGUGGCACUGUACAUGUGGCAGCAUACACCCACACCAAUGCACUCACACAUACAGGCACUCCCUCAGACACACGCACACCAUUCCAACAGUCUUUCUUGAGAACAGGAAAUCAAUAUCACUGUAAGAUCAAGUUGAACAUUUUUCAUUGGCCACUUAAGAGUUUGUGAAACUCUGAGGCGUAUAGUUUAUGGUUCCCUUUUUGUCACGUGGCACAUCCACUAUUAAUACUGUGUAUUCAGGGGCAGUUACACACAGUUAAAGUUGUAUACACGGGCAGUAGGUUACAUAUGGUUGCAUCCUACUGAAGGUAUAGUGGUCUGUUCAGUCUCUAUGAUUAAUUCUGCACUGCAUACAUUGCCACAUUACCCUCUAUUAGUUUCCAUCUCUCAGCCAAGCCAUAAAAAAACGGUUCCUGUUGUGAUUACACACAGACACGCAUACCUAGACCAGUUUAACUGCUACCUGCAGCUGAAAGAGAGAGGUUAGUUAUAGGCGUGUCUACAAUUAUACAUUAUUACCAACAUAUUAUUACAGUGUUGAUAUAUUGUUCAGGGCAAACAGCCGUUAACAGGGUGGAUGACAUGGUCAGUUUGAACCAGUCAUUUUAUACAUGCUAAAUGGUCAGAAGUUAGGCUCAGGGAACGGGAAAGCAGGUCUUGGGCCAAUUGUAGUACAUUGGGGCACACUAUACAGAGGUGUUUCUCAGCACACAUUUAUCCACACAGAAAACGAUUUCAACAGAUCUCGGCUUCUCCGUUCUCCGGCUUGUAGCGUUGUGAAGGGUUUAUCAAGCUUAUGUCCCCAUUGUAAGGCUCUUUUGCUAGUGAAUCAAAUCAAAUUGUAUUUGUCACAUGCGCUGAAUACACCAGGUCUGUAGACCUUACAGUGAAAUGCUUACUUAUACGCCCUUCACCAACAAUGCAGUUUUAAGAAAAUACCUUUAAAAAAAAGUCAAGAGAAUAAAGUAACAAAUAAUUAAAGAGCGGCAGUAAAACAACAAUUGCGAGGCUAUAUACAGGGGGUAAUUCAAAGUGAAUUAUAUUUUUGAUACAAUAAAAAAAAAAAACUGUGAGAGGCUCAUACUGCAGAGCAGUUGAGUUACUCCAGACAAAGUAAUAUGGCUAUUGUCGCUGCUUUAUGUUAACUUUAGGUUUUUGAGGAAGUACUUGACUCUGUAUGGCCUUGAGGCACCAAGCCAGUUCAGUCAUGAUUCACUGUAAAUCUGAGGGAAAACUACAGGAUGUAAUGCAGACGUGCACACACCUCCUCGCAUGACUAAACCAUAAACAUCACAUUCAUACAAAUUUGAGAUGUUCUUUGCAUAGAUAAUUGAAACUGAAAUCUCCAAGGGGAGAAUGCUACGGGAUUGUGACUUUGUACUCUUUGAUAUGGUUAAUGACAAUGGAAGAUUCAAUUAAACUUGAAAAAAGAAAAGAGUUUGAACCUUUAGUGAGCCAAAGGAAGGGUCCUGUGCUUUGUAGUGCACACUUUGAAAUCUUCCAUUUUACAGUGACUUGAAAUUCAGUCCCCUGGGAAAGAACUGGAAAUAUUUGUUUGGGUUCUAUACAAUCCAUAUCAGCGUAUCAAGUUCAGCGUUACAGCGUGAUGGACAUUUAAAGGCAAUGUUCCGGCUUUAAAGGAGAUUGUAUUCACGCUAUGCCGCUCAAUCGGAAAUGAGCUUUCUAUAGUGCAAUCUUCAGCGAUACAGAUUGAAUAGAGCGCUCAGACUGACUCAUAGAUGGUGCAGUCUCAUGGUACUGACUUAAGUGGAUCAGCUUAGAACAGCCUUGUUUUAAGCUGAUCCAAUUUGAGUGUACAAAACCUUUGUGUACAAAACAUUAGGAACACAUGCUCUUUCCAUGACAUAGACUGACCAGGUGAAUCCAGGUGAAAGCCAUGAUCUCUUAUUGAUGUCACCUGUUAAAUCCACUUCAGAUCAGUGUAGAUGAAGGGGAGGAGACGGGUUAAAGAAGGAUUGGAGACAAUUGAGACAUGAAGUGCUGUGACAUGCACAAAAUAAUAUGAUUAUUGUGGAUAGUCAGGUUAAUAUAGUAGUUUGCUUAAAACGUUUACAUGCUUUGCAAGAAUACCAAUUUCCCUAAUGAUCCUGUUUACAUGGACACAUCUGAAGUCAGGCUACCUGAUGGGACUUUUGAUAAAUGCAGAAAAUAGCCAAUCAAAAUAAACGAUCUACCACA